UAUACUGGGAAAUACAACAGAAAUGUGUUGAUCGGAAGAAUCAAAGUGAUGGCGUCGCUUUCAUCAGUAUCGCUAUCAGCGUCUUCAUCAGAGACCUCAAUCUUCCCGUCAACUAAUCGGAAACUCGCUGUAUUACCAACAGCUGUCCGUACUUUUCCGGGACAGACAAUAAAGAAAACCAGAACACGAAUGAUUUAUGUGGCACAUGUUCAACCUCCUGAUGUCAACAGACCGCAUUCUUCCAUAAGGUCUACAUCUUUCAAUGUGGAAGGAACUCGAAACACUACUUCACUAGAUGAAGAAGUUAAAGUUGACGCUUCGGGGAUGGAGGUUUCCAUAAAGUUGCCUUUGCCUUUGUUUGAGACUCAAUCAUCCAGUACUGAUGCAGAAACUUAUGAUUCAGCCUCUCUUAGCAUUGCUGUUAUUGGGGCCACCGGUUUACUAGCUAGAACAAAAAUCUUUCCAGCAUUAUUUGCUUUGUAUUACAGUGGUCAUCUUCCAGAGAAAUUUGUUAUAUAUGGGUACUCGAGGAAAAAUUUGACAGAAGAAGAUCUGAGAGCCAUAAUAGCACCAACUUUAAGUUGCCGCAUUGAUCUCCAAGAAAACUGUGAAGAAAAAAUGGAUGCGUUUCUCAAAAGAAUAUUCUAUCUUAAUGGAGGGUAUGACAACCGAGAAGGAAUGUCAAAUCUCAAUACUCUCAUGGAAGAAGCUGAGGGAAAGUUUGGAGCAAACAGAAUAUUUUACCUUUCUGUGCCUGAAGAAGCACUUAUCGAUGUAGCAUCCUCUCUUGCUGAAAAGGCGCAAACCCAGAGGGGCUGGAAUCGUGUAAUAAUUGAAAAACCCUUUGGUCUGGGUUCGUUUUCUUCUCAUCAGUUAACUACCUCACUUCUUUCAAACUUUGAGGAAAAGCAAUUAUACAGGAUAGAUCAUCUUUUGGGAAGGAACACAAUCGAAAAUCUUGCGGUUCUAAGGUUCUCUAAUCUAGUAUUUAUGCCAUUAUGGAAUCGAAGUUACAUACACAACAUACAGGUUAGUUAUAAUUGUCUCUCAAUUCACCUUAGUAUUGGAACAACAGUUCCUCUUACCAGAUUGUUACUGUUAGGGCAUAUACUAUUAACCAUACAUUUAGAUAUAGUAUAUUCUAAUAGUUAUCAUGGUUAAAAGUCUAAGUGGUAAAUUGUUGGGAUAUAUACUAUUAACCAUGGAUUUGGUUUGGAUAUAAUCUUUAUUAUGGAAUAAUUGUUUAUUCAUUUUAAUAAAA